AUGGCUAUAUGCCCAUCAUUGGACAUAUCCAACGCCACAUUGGCUGUCGCUGCAGCACCCUCCUCUCGGACUUGCCGCCGUGCCCUUCCGGUCUGCCGUAGAACCGCACAUUCCGGAUCGUACAGCCGACAAAUCACUUCCUGGCCGGCACGAUAUCAUCCAUGGGAGACUGCGACUCUGCCGCCGAUCGCGACAACGAGAAAUGCGACGGUGGCGAUAAAACACGAUCGGACGGUGCUCAUUGUGUGCGCACACUGUUCGGGCGGCGGCGGCACAUUCACUUUCUCGACUGUCGGCCGCCACGUAUGUAUUCCAGCAAUGGAGACCAUUCGACGAGCCGCCGCCCCACUCUUAUAUAAUAUUAUAUUAUUGGUUUUCGUUGCCUAA